AUGUCCGCGUCUCCCUCAACCCUGGCACCUUCACCUAAUUUCACUUUCACAACUACCUCAAUAACUGCUUCAGCUUCUACGUCGUCCUCCUCUACCCGAUGGGUGCGAAGGCUGCAUCAUCGACAGAGGAACUAUAGGGAACGUAAUUUAUUGUUUAGUCGAAUGAUACAUGCUGCGGGUGGUAAUGAGAACACAGGCGGGAAUAAUAAUGAAAAUGAUAUUAGCAGCAUUUUGUCGACGACCGCUACGAUAGCACCUUCGACGUCGUCUACUUUGACAUUAGCAAAUUCUCAAACUCAAGAGGAAGAUGACGUCCAAAAUAUGUAUCAUCAUUUUCGAAGUAAAGCGGUUUGCAAAUUAAAUUGUGCUCACUGUGAGUCAAGAGUGUGUGUCCGGGGAAUGAAGGCCAUGCUUCUGGCAGACACGAGUAUCGAGCUUUUCUCGACUGAUGUACCACCGUUACCAUAUGUGGUACAAUUGGUUGGUGAAGAUUAUAUGACAAAAAAUUGCCAAUGUAAAAUCCGAGACGUGGCAUGCCUCACGUGUGGGAACGUUCUAGGAUAUCAUAUUACUCAACCGUGCCAACAAUGCAUGGAAGCUUGUAAUAACGGGCAUCUUUGGAUGUUUCACACCGAAGAAGUAGCAAGCGAAGAGAGGAAAGAUCAUGACGGAAGGACUUUGUUAUGGGCAUAUCUUCCUCACGCAGAGAAAGAUUUAGAAGUUGUUGAUACAGAUGAUGACUAUGAACAUUGUUGUCGAUGA